UGUCACUGCGAAGCCAAUUCAGAAUCGAAUGUCGAAUCGUCACUCUUGUGGAUUCUCGGUUUCUCGGUCAUUAAUUCGUGACGAGACGAGACUCGGCUUGACGCAAGGUAUCCUGCAACGAUCGGUUUUCACGUCUGUUAACUUUCACGGCUAGCACUUCAAAAGUGCAUAGAAACAUCGUGUUUUUUAUCCCUCGACCCGAGUAAAACAUGUCGGACACACGACGACGUCGAAAAUCUAAUCAAUCGUGCGGCUCCGACGAUCUCUCGGACUCUUACGAGGAGCUGAACGCGACAAAGGAGACCCAGAGUAGUGAACAGACUGAUGGACAUCAAGAUUCAGAAUGUGAUAUUUAUGAAAGUGAUUCGGAUGCUGAAUCGCAGGAAGGUGGUGAACAACGUGAAAGCGGGGAUGGUCAAGAAGAAGAGAAACCGCAAAAGAAAUUGGACGACGAUGAGGACAGACGUAAUCCACAAUAUAUUCCAAAACGUGGAACGUUUUACGAGCACGAUGAUCGUACAACUGAUGAAGUAACCGAUAAUAAUGCGGAAACACAAACGAACACAAAAGAAGUUAAGGAGAAGAAAGUAUGGAAAGAUAAGGAAGAUAGGUGGGACCAUGAUCGAUAUAAUGAUGAAGAACAAGCUCCAAAAAGACCCGAAGAAUUGAUAGCAACAUAUGGUUAUGAUAUUAGAAAUGAAGAAGGGCCACCUAGAGCUAGAAGGAGAAGAAGAUAUGGUCGUGGGCCUAAUAAAUAUACAAGGAAUUGGGAAGAUGAAGAUGCUUAUGGAAAAACUACUACUCCUGGUAGAGGAAACAACAGACGCUUCCAUAAAAAUAGUGAAGAUUUUCCUGCUCUUGGUAAUAAUAAAAAUGCCUCGAGUAAAGUAGAGGAGCCUGUAAUAUCAUCAGCUUGGUAUAGUAGCAAGAACAAAACACAGAAUAAAACGCAAAAUUUUCCACCACUUCAAUCUCAGCAGGAUAACACAAAGACUAAGUCUACUACUGUUUCUAAUACAUCCAUAAAUGAAAAUAAGACACCAGAUGAAACUACCAAUUCAUCAUGGAAAAAAGAUGGCAAGCAUACAGUUCAAAAUCAAAAUACAAAUGGAAAUGCAGGAUCUGGUGGUGAUGCAGAAAAAUUAACUAAUACCAAAACAUCACCAAGGGAGAAUAGCAAGAGGAAUCCUCAAGAGUCUGUAAGCUUGACCGCGAGUAGGACGCGUGGAAGAGGUUUCAAGCCCAAUGCUAAUAACAACAUGGUCACUAACAGAAUAGUUGAGAAUAAAUCAAAGGGACGUGGCCCUGGUUCGGUUACAAUCGAGAAUAGACGGAAUAAUACCGCACAGCAUAACGAUGAGCAUCAGCUUGCUCAUGAUAUGAAACAAGUCAAUAUUAAUGAUGGUCAAUAUCACCAGCCUGUACGACAUAACAAAGGCUUUUUUGCAUCCUCCAAUCAACAUAGAUCAAAUACAGUACCACCUAGAAUGCAACAACAACAAUCGUCGCAUCAACAACAAACGCAUGCGCAACAACAAAUACAACAGCAGCAAGAUAGUUCCGGAAGCAGACCUAAACGAUAUUCCAGUCUUCGUCAACGACCUACUAUUUCAGAAACUUCCACACAACAGAAUUAUCCAUCUCAACAUGCUCAACAUGGAUAUUUUCCACCUCAAGCUGGAAAUUCAAGAGCUGUUUUAGAAUCUCAAGGUUACGCGCAAGGUCAUUUUGAACAAUCUUCUCCAGUUACUCCAGCCACAGCACCCAUGGCAGGGCAACCUGUUAUUUCUUUACCUCCUGGUGGACAACCUGCUAGUUACGCGCCGCCGGCAUUUUUAGUGCCACCACCACAAUUCAUACCUCCUCAAACGGCGCCUCCUAGUAUAAUUAAUUACGUUCCUGGUCCAAACGGACCGACAUUUUCACCAAACUUUCAAGGUUAUCAGGGAUAUAAUCCUUCAGUGCAACCUCAAGGACCACCGCCACCACAAGAAUUGUUCCAACCACAAGGGUGUACUUAUUACAGUCCUGCGCAGCAACAACAACAAGCGGCUCCUAUGCGGCGACCGAAAGCGGCAAUACCCAUUCUUCCGCCGCCUGAUAAUCAACAAAGUGGCAGAGGAAGAGGUAGAAGCACUCAGCAGUAUCAGAAUAAUCAAUCAAAUAAUACACAACAGAUCGAACAACAAGAAGUCAAGAGUGGUAAUGCAGUGGAAAGUGAUGACAAACCAAUGCCAGGACAAUUCGACAGUGCACAAAUCGAGCAGUCAUAUACACCGGAUCAAGAGUCCCAAAAGAAUCAAGUUUCGGACAUGGUCAGAACAGUGAAUGAUGCGGACGAAAAGAUAGAAAUAAAUACCAACGUCGAUAAUCGUAUUACUGUUGACGCACUUGUUCAAAAGGAUAAUUUAGAAGAUAGCGUCAGUGUUAAAGAACUGUUGGAAACAACUUCUAAUGAAAAUAAUACGAUUGUAGACAGUCCAACGACAUUGACUGUCAUCGAGACUGAACGCGAAUUAGGUAAUAUUGAAUCUACGAUUCCUGAGAGUACUAUUGUGGAAAAAGCUGCAGCCUAAAAAGAGGUAAUAAUUAUUAUUUGCGCUUUGCACACAGCGAUCGUGUUCCUUCGACUUGUCGCAAGUUGGAUAGGUUGAUGUCGUUCUGCAAACUAUUCACAAUGCGAUUAGGGAACAUUGCUUCUUAUUAACUUAUGGAAACAAUAAUCCGUAUUUGUAUUAAUAAUAUCCAAAUAGCUGCCUCAUAAUGCUGACGUUAUUGCUUGGUACAUAAAAUAAUAAUGAUUUUUUCAUAUGCAAAGUCUAUCUAUAUGCCUGGCCAUUAUUUAGCGAAAGACAUUAUCAUGUAAUAUACUCGGCAGCUGCGUGGGCCAUGUGACUGUGACAUGAUAUAUAUAUAUACAUAUA